AUGGAUCAAGACCACCGACCAGCCCGACAGGGGUUCGAUUACAGGGUUGCUGGGCGCACUCUCAGUGGACAGAUGGAGGAUCCAGUUGCUCGGAUUAGACCCUCUUGCAACGUUGUCGGGGGUGUGUGGGAAAUUCUCCGGCAAGGGAGAGUGACAUGGGAAGUGGUUCCCGAUGAAAUGUGGCCCAAGUGGACCGACCGUCCGCAACUCCUCCUGAGUGGGUGUGGAGGGGGAGAAGAUCCUACUGUCCACUGUCUCACGGUCAGUCCCAGCGGAAGGGUGGUCCAAUGGACCGAUCCUAUCGAUGCGAAUCGUCGGCCGAUACGCAGACAGAGCGAGUUGGCUGAUUGCCAUGAUGCCAUGUUGGGCAGAAUUCGCAUGCUGGUUAGGAUGGAAUUGUUGGGCUUGUCGAGGAGUCAAAACCGGAAAGCGAGCGACUAA